GCUCUGUGCCACUCUAGGUUUUCAUUCGAGCGAAGUAGUCGGAACGGGAGCAGUUCAAAUGCAGUGGGCGCGAAAGCCGUGGUCGUCUAGUGGCUCCUCACACAACUAAUCAAAAAUAAAAUGGCCCGAACGUCAUAAAUAUAAGAUUAUUGUUUGUGUUCAAUGGACAGCUGAUAAUUUAGAACAGUUCACAGAGGUUACAGCGGAGGCAAACUUUUUUGUCGGCUAUUUUGGCCGUUUUCUGCAGCAUGUUUAGGCGAAUUAAAAUUUGGACAGUGCCAUAGAUAACAAAACGUAGGAGAAUAUCGUAGUGUUCGUAUGUGCGUGCGUCCGUUAAUAUUUUGUGUAUCCUGUGAAUUGUUAGCAGUUGUUAUUUCGUUUGUUUUUAUGCACAUUGGAACAUAGAGGUAUAUAUUUGUACAAGAAAGGGGCAAAAUUUCGUGACAAUAACAGUGGGAGUCCCAUUUAAACAAUGGCUGGGGAAGAAGCAGCAGCAGCAGACAUGCACUCUCAGCUGGCUCAUAAGGAUGUCAUCAUCCGGGAACAGAGAGAGCACCUGGUGCGGCUGAAGAGAGAACUUGAAGGGCUCGCCAGCGAACGAGACCUUCUGCUCUGUGAGAACAGCAAUCUACGAUUCGAACUGGAGAUGAUGGAACUAAAACGUCUGCAAGAUGAAGGUUUUCCUCCAAAAAUGGAACGACCCCAAAUCGCAUCAUCGUUGGGGACGGUGCAUGUACAGGAGCAAACAUACAUCCAGGCACCGUCAUACGUUCAAACUCAAAACUAUUCGCAGUGCUCCACGCCGAAUCAAAUGUACUCACGAUCCUCCCCAAAUAGCAGCUCAGGCUACGUUUCCGUAGCACAGCCCUUGCAUAAGAAGGGAUCGCUGCGAAAUGGUGACAUCCUGAAGAGAUCGCGUGUCCAAACUUCCACACGACCACUUCGUUCCAGAUAUGAGUUGUCUCAGGAUAUAUUAGACAAACAGAUUGAAGUGUUGGAGAGGAAAUAUGGGGGAGUCAAGGCUCGAAACGCGGCACUCACAAUUCAAAGAGCUUUCAGAAGAUACACACUCAUUAAAAAGUUUGCAUCUAUAACGGCUAUGGCCAAAGCGGAGAAGCGGAUUAGUCGGCGCAUUCAAAAUAAUGGAGACGAUGUCAGAAGCACGAUUGGCGACAAUGACCAGUGCGAAGGAGAAUACAUGAGAAACUUCGACAAUGGUCAUGAAUGUGGUACAAUAAGGGCUCUUCCGAUGCGAUCAAUGUCUCUUCGCGAAAGAAGAAACGUAGAUAAUAUUUCAAUCCCUCGCAGCCAGUCGGGCACACCGACUGUUUGUUGGGAGAACUACUCACAACAUUUGCACCUGCCAAAUUACUAUUCCGUAUCAGAAGGUGGUAAGGAUUCCCACAGUUUGCAACCCGUUAGCAGUCCUAGCAGUUGUAGCACUCCCCAAGGAAGCAAUAACGGCUACGUCCGUUCGCGCAGCAGCUUGAGCAACCGAAAAGUUCCUCCAGAAGUCCCAAAACGUACGUCCAGUAUCUCGUCCAGAUCGGUAGAUCCUAGACAUCACAGGUCAAACGGCCUGAGCAAAAGCACGGAGAAUGGCUCGCUCUCGAGCGUUCAAAGCUCAGGAAGCGACAGCAGCAUAUCUACUGAUCGAAUACAAUGCGGUGACUAUCCGUCGUCGCCAGUUUGGAAGCGCAAAGGUGGCCAUCACCAAGAGUACGCUGAACCAACAUUGGAAACUAGUCUCGGCAACAUUUCAAACCCGGAACAGCCGCAACCUACCAGUUACAAAAUAUCGGAAACUGUACGGAAACGACAAUAUCGUGUUGGCUUGAACCUGUUUAAUAAGAAGCCGGAUAGAGGCAUUACUUACUUGAUAAGGCGUGUAUUCUUGGAAAAUACACCGACAGGAGUGGCUAGAUUCUUGAUCAGUAGGAAAGGCCUGAGUAAGCAGAUGAUCGGCGAGUAUUUGGGCAACUUACAGAGUCCAUUCUGUAUGGCUGUACUGGAAUGCUUCGCUCUAGAAUUGGAUUUGUCAGGUAUGCAGGUCGAUGUCGCCCUCCGUAAAUUCCAGCAAUACUUCAGAAUGCCCGGAGAGGCUCAGAAAAUUGAGCGACUCAUGGAAGUUUUCUCGCAGAGAUACUGCCAAUGUAACGUAGACAUUGUAGCAAGGUUACGCUCACCUGACACGAUAUUUGUGUUAGCGUUCGCUAUUAUAAUGCUCAACACCGAUCUGCAUACUCCUAGUAUUAAGUCCGAGCGUAGAAUGAGGGUGGAAGAUUUCAUCAAAAACUUGCGCGGAAUCGACGACUGUGGUGAUAUAGAUAGUGAUAUGUUAGUUGGUAUUUAUGACAGGGUGAAGGCGAACGAAUUUAAACCAGGUUCGGAUCAUGUAACGCAAGUGAUGAAAGUCCAAGCGACGAUCGUCGGCAAGAAACCAAAUAUGGCUCUUCCACAUCGAAGACUAGUCUGUUAUUGUAGACUGUAUGAAAUCCCAGAUACGAAUAAGAAGGAGCGUCCUGGUGUUCAUCAGCGAGAGGUAUUCCUUUUCAAUGACCUCCUGGUGAUCACCAAAAUUUUAAGUAAGAAGAAAUCGUCAGUCACAUACACCUUUAGAAAUAGUUACCCGCUUUGUGGUAUGGUCGUUUCUUUAUUCGAAAAGCCACAUUACCCAUUCGGAAUUCGUCUCUCGCAAAAGGUUGAUGGUAAAGUGCUAGUUACGUUUAAUGCUAGGAACGAGCACGAUCGUUGCAAAUUUGCUGAAGAUUUGAAGGAAUCCGUUAGUGAAAUGGACGAAAUGGAGAAUCUGCGCAUUGAAGCAGAAUUAGAACGCCAAAAAUCUAGUCGAGGUAAUAAUAGAACAGGUACCGAGAACCGGGAUAGUGGUGUCGCCGACGUGGAGGCUUUCCAGUGUCAAUGUCCAUGUGCCCAAACUCCUGGAGCUGGGCCUAGCGAGGGAACGUCAGAGGAAAUGGGUCACGAAACGCAGAUUAAACGGUCUGCGCUGAGCAACUCCUUGCUAGACAUCCAUGAACAAUUUACAGGAGAGAAGGCGCAACGUCGCGGAAGUGUAGGUUCCCUGGACAGCGGUAUGUCCGUAUCCUUCCAAUCGACAUCAGCCAGCACAUGUUCGCGAUCAGAUAAGAUGAACAGCAAAGGCAAACCAGUCUACUACCAGCAUUCGUUCCUCAGUGGGCUAUUCAACAAGAAGCAGCAACCAUGCAUCGUGGCCAAAUCUACCGAAGUCUAAAACCGGAGAGAUUGCAAAAUUGUACCCGUGGAGCUCAGGUGCUCAGAUAGUAAAAAUCUAAUAUCUAAUGCUCAUAUUGUUUGAACAGAUGAUACGUAUCGAAAACUAAAAAAACAGCAAGCAAAAAUUAGAUUUAAAAUAAUACAAAUAAAAGUAAUAAUUCGGUGCUG